AUGGCAGAAUGCACGGACGCGCCGGCAACCUCCGUGCCCCAGUUCGCGGCCGACCACAAGGCCAAGGUUGCACGCCGUGCUUUGCUGGCCUCAGCAGGGCCCGUGACGCAGCUCUUGAUUGGAGAUGCCAUCGGGGAUGCCUUUGGUUUCGGGGUGGAGAUGCAAGACGCGCACUGGAUGAGGCAGUGUGUGACAAGGUGCACCAGCUGGCCCGAAAACCCCGUGAAGCGGGAAGAGCACAAGUUCAACAGCGUCCGGGGAAUGUACUCAGAUGACUGCGAGAUGACAGUUGGUCUGAUGAAAGCCCUGGUGAAAGAUGGGAUGGCUGCAAGUGAGGAUGCGAUGCUGACAGCUUGGCGGGAAGAGUGGGAGCUGGCGAAGUGCCGACCCUCUCCGGCUGUGCCUGGUGCAGAGCGUAGUGGCCAUGGAAGUGUCAAAUACUUCUUCAAUGGUAAGACCAGCUUAAACGAGCUGAGAGAGUCACAGGCGAGCCGGGUGGAUCCUGGCAAUGCACCGCCCAUGCGAGCCCUACCGCUGGCUUUUGUGGAUCCGGGUUGCUGCCAGGAACUGUGCCGUGCGAAUGCUGACACAACCCAUCCACACCCAAAGGCUCGAGCAGCCAGCUACCUCAUCGCGCAGGCCGCGAGAUGGCUUAUCGUGGAGAAGGGAAGGAAGCAGAAGGUGCUGGAGGUGGCCCUGGAGCGGCUGCAGGCCAGUGACCUCAACCACCUGGAGACCGUGUCGUUACUGCAAAAAAUCCAGGAGCUGCCCGACUAUCACUCUUUUGGGCAGAGGCUGCAGGGGAUGCCGGAGGCUGUGCAUGCCUUGCUCUGUGGCCCACAGCCGCACCCCGACCUGGAAAAUGUUCCGGGUGGCCAGGAUGGGACGUCUGCAGUGCAUGGCCUCGGAAGCGAUGCUAUGCGGACGGCUGGGGUCGUGCUUUACAUUCUACGCUUCCACCGAGGCCCUCGUGACGCACUGUUAACAUCGCUGUAUAUCGGUGGUGAUGUCGACUCAAUCGCCGCGCUCUGCCUAGGCAUCGUAGGGGGUUCGGAAGGCUUGCAGUUAGGCCAGCGAUGUGGCUUGCCAUGGUUCUUAGUGGAAGAGCUGGAGGGCGUGGAGUACCUGGUCUCCCAGGCCUCGCGCUUCGAGGCUUGGCUCUCGGAGAGAGGCUUGGGGACCUUGGGGAUCUCCAAAGCUUCCAGGCGGACAAAGGCCCCUUCGACGCGUUUGAAGCGCCCGGCUGCGGCUGUGCACAAGAGGCCAUCCAAGCGGCCGCGCUAG